CGCCAAUUUCGCAAAAGUGAAAAAUCAAAAAAAAGAAAUCCAAAAAAGAAAGGGAAAAGGCGUUAGAGGCGAAAAAAACAAAAGACCAGAGACACACAGAACAAAAAAAACAGGGCACAAACCAGUACCACCAGCAGCCACAUCUCUGACCCUGCCUGCACCGCGACGGAGAAAGGAAGGACCUGCCUGCCUUGUGCACGGGAACGAACAGCAACAAGCCAGCAACCAUGAGUGACGAGCGCCGACGAACGCGGUCGCAAGACACAAAGAAAGAACUGCCGCCGCCAUCAGAGUACAAAGGGGUGUGGUUUGAGAAGGAUUUCGUUGACACCGGGAAGGUCGCCGGCACAGUGACAAAGCUGCUGGUCAACGGACACCCGCUUCACAACGAGGACGUCUAUGUGGCAGAGUAUGUUGACGGGGACAGCGAGGUGCUGACAAAGGAUGAGCUGGACGAGCUCAUCAGCACAGGAAAGUGCAAAGCGCCGCCGCAUGGUCUUCCCAAGAAGAAGCGCACCGCCCAAGCAGCAUCCUCUUCACAGCCGUCCACGCCAAAGAAGGCGCGCACGCGCGGCCGCAAGUCUGCCGCUGCCACAUCAUCGUCGUCAUCGUCAUCAUCGAGCACAAAGAAGACAAUGAAGAAGUCAACAGCAACACCAAAGUCCACUGCCAAGCGCUCAUCUCGCCGCUCUCUCCCCGACAGCUUCUACGGCGAGCAGUACACGAUUGAGAAGUUGGUUGACCGCAAGUACGAGCCCGCGCUCAAGUACCGCGUGCGCUGGAUGGGCGACUGGCCCGAGGAGGAGAAGGAGACGUGGGAGGAUGUGAACAACAUCAACCCGGACAUGGUCAAGACAUACGACAAGGAGCACGGACCGCCGUCGAAACCAAAUGUGUCUCUGAAGGCGAUGGAGAAGCUCAAGGCAGAGAAGAUGAAGGCCCUCAGCGAUUUCAAGUCGCUGCUUGAGUAUCUUGAGCCGCCGUCGUGGACAUCGGACCACAAGAGCGUCAAGGAGCUCACCAGUGAAGAACUCCUCAACUUCCCGCUGGCCGACUUUGUGCAAGCAUACGGCAAGGCGUUGGCGGAGGUGAUCCAGAACAAGGAGGCGUGAGCAGCAGCGACUCCCGCCACCCUGCCUGUUGUUGUGCUUUUGUGUGUACGUGUGUGUGCGUGUGCAUGCGUGUCUGUCGUGUACUGUUGCGCCGUUGCGCUUGUUCUGUUCAUGUCUCUGCACCUGUUGUUCCUGGUCUUCCUUCCCUUUGGUUCCCCCCCCCCUUUUUUUUUUUCUUCUUCAUCGCUUGUUGGGCCCGCGUUGUUGUUGCUGUUGCUGUGGUUGGUUGUUCAACCGUGCGUGUACGUGCAAUUUCCUCCCCCUCCCCCUCAUUCCUUUCGAGGUGUGUCGUCGCCACGCGAGUCAGCCUCUUUGUACCCGCUGCCGCGUGCAUGGCCUCCCCCCUCCCACCUGUCCAUCAUCAUCAUCAUCACCCUCACCAUCAUCAUCAUCAUCAUCAUCAUCAU